CCCACUUCAAGCGUGUUAGAUCGAUACCAGACGCCACAUCCGAAUCUCCAUGGAACCACAACCUGUUGAACACUCCACAAGGGGAGAACGCAUGCCCACGCUGUGUAGUGCGACCAUAGCGAUAGUCACCUACUUCCGUACAGAACCCAAAGUUUGUUGGUAUCAACAGUGCACAGGAUUGUGGAACACACAUUUCACAAGUUCCCGCCAAGAUGAACGGUCACGCGGGAAAGGGUACGUCCAUGCGACCCACGUCCAAGUUUACGUCUUCUAGUAGGAAGUCUGUACUGCAGGGUACGAAGAACUUUGUCUGGGAUCGGGAGGAGCUCUCGUCCAAUUUACCGUAUCGGGAUCACAACUACGACAUCCCGUUCAAUCGGCCCCCGAAUGAGGUCAACUUUUUGGGUGGGUUGGGCAGCAAGAAGCCCCACUUUCGCUCGAAGGUUCAUCCGCAGCGGUUUUCGACAGUGCAGAAGUUGAUGCGCAUGCGGACCUCAAACCGGAUCCUGGAGACGCUGACGGAGGACUUGCGACAGGUGAAUAUGUGUCGACGAGGGGGUGCGGAGAAGAGGAAAAAGGAUCGAAAUGUGGGGGCGUUUAUCAAGAAGAUGACGGACGAGCUGCAACUGGCGGGGAACGUGGAGAAGUCAACGCCGUCGGAGCAGUCCGAGGUGCAGUUCAACGCGAGCAGCAGGAAGAACUUGUCGAAUGAUGAUUACAAAGAUAUGAUAAAGAAGCUUGAUCGGAUGCUGCUUGAUGAUCAGUGUCCGAGUACGAGCCACGGGACGCUGUUCAGGGAUUGGGCUACGAGAGAGAGGUACAACUUUAAGAACAAGAGUAACAUUGCCAUGAUGAAGCGGGAGAAAGAGACGUUUCAGUCGGAGUUGGGGUCUUCGGUUGACACGAGAUCGAUGGACUACAUAACACAGGAGGGGAGGAGAAUUACAAAGGUCCGUAAGGCGACGAAGAUCCCGCACAUCGAGGGACACAUGUACGGCCCUUUUACCAAGUUACCUCGGCUGGAUCCACUGCUGGAGAGUGAGACCAAGUUUGGGAUUCCGUUGAGUUUGUUGGUCCGAUCGUACCGUGAGAUGGAUUCCGCAAAGGAGGGCGAACGGAACGUGAUCAACAACCGGUUGGCACACAUGCGGAUCCCGCUCUGCCCGAAGAGCAGUGAUGAAUCCUCAGACGAUGACGACAAGAUGGAGGAGGUGAAGAUUUUGUCGUUUCUGCGAACGCCAUACUUUCGAAUCCCGACGGUGCGAACGCAGCGGAAACGCCGCAAAGACCGGCUCCGCAGCCGUUGGUUGAAGAAGGAUCGUUUGAAGCGAAUCACUAUGCUCUUGUACGAUCGGUCCGAGGAAAACUUGAAAGUGAAGAAGCGUCAGCAAAGACUCGAUUCCGGGUCAGAUUCCGGUGAUUCAGCCCAGCAACGAAGACGUGCCUCGUCCAGGCAGUCCAAGCUGGACGACCAACCUCAGCUGUCGGAGAAACGAAAGCGGUAUUACGAGUUCAUCGAAGAAAAGUCCCGCGAAUAUCGGCGGAUGUACGAUGAGUGUCUCCAGAAGCGGAUGACCACGUUUCAGGACUUUAAAAGUAGCGAGGUACCGCUGGAUGACAAGCUUUCUGAGACGUCACGGUCCAAGUCUAGACUACAAAAGCUAAAGACUCCGGAGGAGGUAAAACCUGCUUUGGAACUACCACAGCUGCGCUUUCCUUCAAACAGGUUCAAGAGUCUGUCCAAAACUGACGGCCUGUACGGAUCGUUUUACAUCGAUCCGGAAUUUCUGGACAAGACGAAGGAUUUGAAAAAGUACAAGCAACGUUCCAAGUACUACACCAGCCUGAUGCGAAGCCGAACCAACCUGCGGGAACGCCUCCAAGUCAACGCGCCCAGCUUCGACGAGGAGCAACUCGGCUUCAAAACCAAGUUCUUCAACCGACUCGCGACCGAAUGGGACAACUACUACGUUCACGAACUCCGCUACCGGCCAAGAGUGCGUAAGUUCUGCCCAAAAACGGACAUUCUGAGUAUGCGCGAUCAACGGCGCAAAACCUUCCUGCAGUACUACAUCGCGGAGAACCUGCUCAAGAUUCGCGAAAAGCAGAUGCUGGAGAAGAAAUUUGCCAAGUGGAUCAAGGACUUUUGUCACGAGACGAAACCGCUGUUCAAGAAGUGGAAGGACGAUGCGUACGAUCGGGUGCUGGCGAUGGGCGAGCGCGAGAAGGAAGCCCAGCAGGAGUCCAAGCGGUUGAAGAACAUGCUGCUGGAUCGGCAGAACAAGAUCUCCGCGAUUACGGAGAAGAUUCUGCUGCAGGAGGAACGCUGGACGCGGAUCAUGCAAAUCCGCAACUACUACUUUAUGCUGAUGGAUCCCCAGUGGAGACUGGAGCAAGAUCAUCUCCACCGAGCACCGGAUGGGUCGUUGAGUACGGUGUCGGAUAGUGUAGCAAACUGCCGAACGCUGUUCAUCCGGACGGAGGGUAACAACAUUGGCACAGAAAUCGCGACUUUCUACCAACAGCGGAUCUUUCCGGAACUGGCCAAGCAACCGGUUUGCGUGCCCCAGGUGGAGAUGCUUCAACGUGGGCUUAGUCUGAUAAACCAUCGUACGAUCGAUCUGAUCCACAAGUACAACAACAAGCUGAUGAUCUUCAGCCGGAUAGAUUUCCACUAUCGGGGGGUGCUGGAGGACUUCCCGCGGUACUUUAGCAGCCAUCACGACAUGCUGGAGAUGUACAGCAGCAAGGUGGCGAUGAUCCAGCGUAAGAAUGAAGCUAUGAAGCAGCAGGUCAGCGAGCUGCUGGGGGAACCGCUGAAGCAGUGUGUUAGCAACAAAGCCAUGCGAGUUACUGCGACUAUUUUGAGUCAGCUGUACGAUUUCAUCCGGAAGUCGAAGAAUUUGGAACCGGAAAUUGUUGAAAUCAGCAGCAUGGAGAAGCUUUCCAUUAUCCAUCAGCACAUUGUGGACUUACUGGCCGAGCUGGAUAAGCUGCCGCUGGAUGUGCUGAAGUCGUCUGAGCUGGAAGCUAGGAAGAAUCGAAAGCAAGCUCUCAGACAGGCGAAUGAUGCCCUGAAAAGGAAGGAAGUGUUUGAUCUGCUGAGGAAGCAGCUGCGAUGGCACGUUCGGAAAUAAAUUUGUUUAUAGGUCAUUCCAUUCCAAUAAAUCCAUAAUUCAUACAAUUGUUAAGAGCACCAUUGAUUUUU